AAGACCAUUCUUUAAACUUUGCCACCACAAAUCAAUUUUAAGUAGCUAGUAUUACACUCAUUUUUCCCUGUCCCCACUCCACACUCACAACCCCUCCUCUUCUACCUCAAAGUCAACGUUAACAUAUUAUAUUUAUCUCACAUGCAUAAUGCAUUUUGUGUAUCCUUGAGAAAUGUGUAGUAAUUACUAUUAUCUCAGUUGGUUAUCUCAAAUUAUAUUAAUUUAACACCCAUUGGGUGCUUAGAUUUGAGUGCUUUUUUGCUGUUUCCUUCACGAGAUUUGCGCUUUAUCCAAGCUCAUGAACAUGUCAAAUUGUUGUUUAAGCUUAGUACUCACGAUUGCACAGCUCUUUAGUUCACCUAGUGUUAGUUUCAAGCAAUUUUUAAUGCUGACUUUUAAGCUAAUGUACGCAAUUAGUUCAUUUGAAUAUUUAGAUCAACUUAGUCCUAUCCCUUUGAGCUCUUAUCACUGUUUUUAUUUUCUUUUUCCAGUUUCCAAUUUUACAUCAUUGGUGCUAAAUCCAGGUAAUACAUAGUACUUGAUCUGCUUAUUCAGUAUAAUUAUAUGAAUUCCAUUUAUGUGGGCAAUGCUUAUAGAAAAACUUUGUUCUGCUUUUGGUUUCAUCUGAUUGGGAAAAUUUAGGAUAAGAGUUCUUGAAAUUUUAGUAUUGAACAAUGGGUGAAUCCGUCUUUUGCUUUAGAAAAUGCAGAUUAGGAAGAGUAAUGGGUUGCAUUCAGGUUGUACUAGGUUCACUUGUUAUACUCGUGAGCCUUUCGAGUUUGUUUAGGUUUUAUAAUGCUGGAUUUUUCAUGCAUGAUGAGGAUAUAUGUCGCCAUUUUUAUGGCGUGAAGGAUGUUUAUGAUAGUUUUGACAUAAAAGCAUUGAGUUCUCGCGUUGAUGAAGUGCUCGAUAGGAUGGAUAGUUUGCAAGAAAAGAUUGAAUUGGUUGUACAAGAGAUGGAGAAGAACAAGGAUGAUUUAGAAAAAGGGAGUAUUCCCAAAUUGGAAUACAAGAGGUUCUUGGAGGAAGAGGUUAUUAAGCCUUUAUACUCUGCUCAUAUUGCACUUAGGCAAAUUAGGCUGCCUAGAUUUGAAGGAAUUGGGAAUAUGACAAUUAAGGAAGAUCCCUUGAUUAAUAACUUUGUGAUAGAGGAGAUCCGAAAGUAUAUCACCCCGAAAGAGAAUAGACAUAAGAAGGUUAAUAUAUUUGGAACACAGAAGAUUUAUAACACGAUAGGGCAUGCUUGUGUGUCCAUGAAGAAGGAAUUGGAGGAAUAUAUGAAUUAUGAUAUCGGAUCUUAUUGUAAAGAUGAUUGGAAUUUUGCUCAGAAGCUUAUGAUUAAUGGUUGUGAUCCUUUGCCAAGGAGAAGGUGUUUGACAAGGGCCUCUAAGCUUUAUCAGAAACCUUAUCCGAUUAACGAGUCCUUAUGGAGGAUCCCGGAUGGGAGAAAUGUUAGGUGGAGCAAUUACCUUUGCAGGAACUACGAGUGCUUAUCGAGUAAGAAUCCUAAACGAGGCUAUACUAAGUGCACCGAUUGUUUUGAAAUGGAGAAAGAACAGCUAAAAUGGGUAACAAAUUCUACACUUGCUGUUGAUUUCUUGAUCAAAGAUGUAUUGGAAGUUAAGCCAGGGGAGAUCAGAAUUGGUCUGGAUUACGGUAUUGGUACGGGGAGUUUUGCUGCAAGAAUGAGAGAACAGAAUGUGACGAUCAUCUCAACUGCACUGAAUCUUGGAGCUCCUUUCAGCGAGACGAUAGCACUUAGGGGUUUGAUUCCACUAUAUGUGACAUUGAACCAAAGGCUUCCAUUCUUUGAUAACACUAUGGAUUUGAUCCACACUGCUGGAUUUAUGGAUGGUUGGAUCGAUCUACAGCUGUUGGAUUAUAUCCUAUUUGACUGGGAUCGUGUAUUGAGACCAGGAGGAUUGUUGUGGAUUGAUCGAUUCUUCUGUAAUAGGACUGAUCUGGAUGAUUUUAUGUACAUGUUUCUGCAGUUCAGGUACAAAAAGCAUAAGUGGUCUAUUGCUCCUAAGGCCAAGGAUGAAGUUUACCUUUCUGCAUUGUUAGAAAAGCCACCUCGAUCUUUAUGAUCAUAAGAAGCAUUAGAGCUGUCUUUGUUGUACUGGCAUGGCAUUCAUACAAUUUAUCUGUAACGAUAUUUGUUCUAGUGUCUGUAGAUUGUAAGAAACUUGUCGUUCUCUUUGUUAUACUUGACAUGGUAUUCAUAGGAUUUAUCUGCAACAUUUGUUAUUAUGUCUGAAAAAUUGUAAGAAAGUUGUGCUGCUCUUUGUUAUCAAAAGAUCAG